AUGAUUCAUGCCGUAUUGAUAUUCAACAAGAAGGGACAACCAAGACUUAUAAAGUUUUACACGCCAGUUGACUUGCCAAAGCAAAGGUUACUUCUAGAGCAAGUAUAUGAAUUGGUAUCGCAAAGGAAUAAUGAUUUCCAAAGUUCGUUCUUAGUCACACCACCUUCGCUACUGCUAAAUGGUGAUAACAGCUUGAACAAUAUCGACAAUGAUGAAGGUAUUCAGAUCAUUUACAAAAACUAUGCUACAUUAUUCUUUACAUUUAUAGUGGAUGAACAAGAAAGUGAACUAGCGAUAUUAGAUCUCAUCCAAACGUUUGUUGAGGCGCUUGACCGUUGCUUCGCAGAGGUUAGCGAAUUAGACUUGAUUUUCAAUUGGCAGACUCUAGAAAGUGUACUUGAAGAGAUCAUACAAGGAGGUAUGGUGAUAGAAACAAAUGUAGGAAAUGUUGUUGCAUCCGUUGAUGAACUUAAUAGGGCAUCCCAAGGCACAGAUGGUCCUGUGUCAAGAUUAACGAGUACAAGUCUCGGCAAUGCAUGGCAAGCUUUUACAGCUAACGGAUUCUCGCAUUGGGCCGCUGGACAGUGA